AUGAAUUCAUUGGAUCCGUCACAAAUGACACCAUACGGUAUUAUAAUUCCAUUAUCAUUAGCAUGUAUAUUCGUCGCUUUUCUCAUUGCAUGUGCAAUUUUAACUUUGAUCGUUUGUACAAAACGAUUACACACCGUCACACAUUUACUAAUCGGCAAUGGAUCGAUUGCAUUGAUCUUCUAUUGUUUUGUUCAAUCCAUCAAUUACAUUCAUCUCGCUUUUAUUUCUUGGGAAACAAAUGAUUUGCUUUGUCGCUGGCGAGGAUUUUUUGGUUAUAUGACUGUCGUCGCGACUGUAUAUUCAUAUUUGAUUCAAGCUAUUUCGCGAUUUUUUAUUUCCAUCCUUGCGAUCAGACAUCGCUGGGUAAAAUCAUUCAAAACUCAUUUGAUUCUUAUUUCCAUCCACUGGUCCCUUGUUGUACUUCUUCCUUUACCUGCCCUUCUCACUGAAGAUAUUUAUCAUCGUCCGAAUGCACUUUGCUGGGUACCAAAAGAUUAUACUUUACACGUUGCAUACACUGUUAUCGCAUAUUACCUUAUUCCAACAAUUAUUAUUUUUAUCUUAUAUAUUGCUAUUUUCUGUCGAGUUAAACGUCGAAAACUGAAUAUAUUCAUUCGAAGACGAAAAGCUCGAUCCAAUCGUGAUCUCGAUCUGUUGUAUAAUAUUAUGAUCUUAUUUUCGAUUUACAUUCUCGGUGCUCUUCCGAUUAUCCUUUUCGUGUUGACAAAAAGUGAUGUUCUCUAUUCAAUUGGCAUUAUUUCCGUUUCACUGGCAUUAGCUGUUGAAAAAGGUGUGAUAUUGAUCAUCGAUCGCGACAUACGAAACACAGUUAGAUUCUAUCUACAAAAAACAGCCGCACAAGUCGGACCGUCGAUAAGAAGUAUUUCCUAA